CCUCCACUCGCGAUCGAAUAAUACAAAUUGCAACUGUGGUAGCUCAAAGACUUAAACAUACUUGUUUAGAAUUAAGUCGAUUGGUUUGUUAUCAUGAAAUAUUGGAAAAAGAUUUAUGCGCUACCGUAAUGGAAAAUAGUAAUUAUUGGCAACAUAGAAAUAGUAUGUAUAGAGUUGGUGAAAGUUCUCAAGAACCAAUAGUAGUUAAGAAUAUUAUAAUGGAUCCUCCUUCGACCAGAAAACAAUUAGGAAUUAUUGGUAGACAAUCAUUC